CCGCCGUUGGAUAUUUUUAACCGCAGUCGCCGCGGUCUAUCUGUCAAAUCCAGAAGUGCAAAAAAUAAAUAUAAAAAAUGCGAACUUUGCUUUCUCGUGAAUUGUCUGUAGGCGCUUGAUUUAUGUUUUCCAAUGAUUGAUAGUGAGUUCCAUAAAUCAAUCCAGUGACAACACUUCCGGGAAUCGAGUGAUUUUUGUGACGAAAAAUCCCCUAAAUAGGAGUGGCUCUAGUUUCCUCUGGGAAAUGUAAUUUUUAGGCUCGAAGAGAAACAAGGAGGAUGGAUAUGCCUCUGAAAGAUUUCGAAAUGAGUGAUUCAGAGACAGAACUCUUGCUCGAUGGCCAAAAUGAUGUGAAUUACUCAGUGAAUGGGGGAAUGUCCAGGAACAGGCGUAGAAAUCGAUCCUUUUGGUCCUGCUGCAAAUGGCUCUGUUGUGGAUGCUGGUGGUGGUUGUGGCGAAAAUGGUUCUCCGCCAAGGAAUUCCGUUCCCGGACAGUUCACAUUGGGAAGCACUGCGACGAAAAGUUUCCCCCCAACGAGAUCCGGAAUCAGAAAUACAACUUUAUCACAUUUCUACCGUUGGUGCUAUUUGAGCAAUUUCGCUUCUUCCUCAAUCUCUAUUUUCUCAUCAUGGCCCUGAGUCAGUUCAUUCCGGACAUAAGAAUUGGCUAUCUGUACACAUAUUGGGGACCAUUGGGUUUUGUUCUGGCCGUGACCAUCUGUCGCGAAGCCAUUGAUGACCUGAGACGUCAUCAGCGAGAUCGGGAAGUUAAUUCCCAAAAGUACAGACGCUUAGUGGGAGCAGAUCGAAUUCCGGAGAUGGUUCCAUCGUCCAAGCUCAAAGUGGGCGAUAUUAUAAUUGUGGAGAAGGAUGAACGAGUGCCAGCGGACUUGGUCCUGUUGCGCACGAGUGAUCGUAGUGGGGCUGUUUUUGUCCGGACCGAUCAACUGGACGGAGAGACGGAUUGGAAAUUGAGAUUGGCAGUUCCGGCAACGCAGAAAUUGGCAAGUGAUUCGGAACUCUUCAAUCAAGGAGCCAGUAUCUACAUUGAAAAGCCUCAGAGGGAUAUUCAUUCUUUCAUUGGGACUUUCUCAAAGCAGGAAGGUUCUGAAGAGGAGAGUUUGGAUGUGGAGAAUACUCUGUGGGCCAAUACGGUGGUGGCAGCUGGAACGGCUACGGGAAUUGUGGUGUACACGGGCUGUGAGACACGCAGCGUAAUGAAUAAUUCUCAGCCACGAUCGAAGAUUGGUUUGUUGGAUUUGGAGAUAAAUGGGUUGACAAAGGUGCUUUUCUGUGCCGUUAUGGGAUUGGCAUUGGCCAUGAUGUGUCUCAAGGGUUUCAAUGGACCCUGGUAUCGCUACAUGUUUCGUUUUGUCUUGCUCUUCUCCUACAUUAUUCCCAUCAGUUUGAGGGUGAAUUUGGACAUGGGUAAAGCCUUCUAUUCAUGGCAAAUUCAGAAUGAUCCAGAAAUAAGUGGUACUGUUGUCCGUUCAACGACAAUUCCCGAAGAAUUGGGUAGAAUCUCAUACUUGCUGACGGACAAAACAGGAACACUUACACAGAAUGAGAUGGUAUUCAAGAAGAUACAUCUGGGUACUGUGGCUUAUGGGAAUGAUUCAUUUGAUGAAGUAGCUUCAACCAUUCAGAGUAUUAAUUCACAGCAGAAUCAGCAGGAAGUGCCGACCAAUCGCACCACUGCCAUUUUUGCCAACACCAGGAUGCGACGUCCGGAAGGAUGGAGGGCGUGGGAGGCCGUAAAGGCCUUGGCGCUCUGUCAUAACGUCACACCCGUGUACGAUGGCGAUAGCAAACAUGGAAACAGUGAAAAAGAUUCUCCAAAUCGUUCGAUUGAUAUCGAAGGACCAGCUAAACGAGAAGUUGUCUAUCAGGCAUCCAGUCCGGAUGAAAUAGCUCUGGUGAAGUGGACAGAACAAGUGGGGCUGGCCCUUGUGGCACGUGAUUUGCAAUCCAUAACUCUGCAGCUGAGAAGUUCACAGUUUGGCAAGAGUGAAUCAAUGCGAAAGUUUGCAGCAGAUGGUGGAAGUAUUGAUACAACAGUGACAAAUUUGUCUGCAGAUGGAUCCAGAGUGGAUCUCAAUUCACCAUCGAGCAGCAGUACAACAUCACUAAAUUCCUUUUUGGGUGGGAAUCUCAUGCGUUUUCAGAUCCUGCAGGUGUUCCCAUUUACGAGCGAGAGCAAACGAAUGGGAAUUAUUGUGAAGGAUUUGUCAAAUGGUGAGAUUACAUUUUACUUGAAGGGAGCCGAUGUGGUGAUGUCGUCAAUUGUUCAGUACAAUGAUUGGUUGAGUGAAGAGAGUGGGAAUAUGGCUAGAGAGGGAUUGAGGACACUGGUAGUGGCCAAGAAGGUCUUCACGGAGGAGCAGUACAAUGACUUUGAGACGCGCUACAAUGCAGCUAGAUUGAGUGUUACGGAUAGAUUCACAAAGGUGGCAGCAGUUAUUGAGUCCCUUGAGCGCGAGAUGGAGCUGCUGUGCCUCACAGGGGUGGAAGAUCGUCUUCAGGAUCGUGUACGUCCGACACUGGAGUUGCUGAGGAAUGCUGGCAUCAGGAUUUGGAUGUUGACGGGUGAUAAACUGGAGACUGCCACUUGUAUUGCCAAGAGUAGCCAUCUGGUGGGCAGAAAUCAAGGCUUGCACGUGCUCAAGAGUGUCUUGACACGAACUGAUGCUCAUCUCGAGCUCAAUCAGUUCCGACGGAAGCAAGACUGUGCCCUGGUGGUGUCAGGAGAGAGUCUCGAGGUUUGUUUGCAGUACUAUCAGAGUGAAUUUAUGGAAUUGGCCACGGCGUCUCCGGCUGUCGUUUGCUGUCGCUGCAGUCCAACGCAGAAAGCUCAGGUGGUAUCGCUGAUUCAGCGGUACACUGGCAGGAGGACGUGCGCUGUUGGUGACGGUGGGAAUGACGUCAGUAUGAUUCAGCAGGCAGAUGCUGGGGUGGGAAUUGAGGGACGCGAGGGUAGACAGGCGUCCCUAGCUGGAGAUUUCAGUAUUCCGCAAUUUGCGCACAUUGCCCGGCUUUUGUUGGUGCACGGAAGGAGAGCGUACAAGAGAUCAGCCGCUCUGUCGCAGUUUGUCAUCCACCGUGGUCUCAUCAUAUCCACAAUGCAGGCAGUCUUCUCGGCUGUCUUCUACCUCUCGUCCGUGCCACUGUAUCAGGGCUUCCUGAUGGUUGGCUAUGCCACAUUGUACACCAUGUUCCCGGUGUUUUCGCUGGUACUCGAUCAGGACAUCAGUGCACACAUUGCCGUGACAUAUCCAGAGUUGUACAAGGAACUCUCCAAAGGACGAAGUCUCAGCUACAAAACAUUCUUCAUGUGGGUCCUCAUAAGCAUUUACCAAGGCGGUGUUAUAAUGUACGGAGCUCUUGUACUCUUUGAGGACGAAUUUAUUCACAUUGUGGCUAUAAGCUUCUCAGCACUUAUCCUUACAGAACUGAUAAUGGUGGCAUUGACGAUAAGAACGUGGCAUCGACUCAUGGUUCUUGCAGAAAUCUUCAGUUUAAUCCUCUAUCUCAUUUCACUGGCAGUUCUCCACGAAUAUUUCGAUUGGGAAUUUAUUUGGUCAUAUGAUUUCGCAUGGAAGGUCUCAGUUAUAACUUUAAUUUCGUGUUUGCCUCUGUACAUUAUUAAAUUUCUGCGUAAAAAGUUUUCACCACCAUCGUAUUCGAAAUUGACAUAAGAGAAUGGAAAAAUUAAAAGAAAACGUGCGACUUUACUAUGUGUUAACAUUUGUAUUAUAAAGAAAAAAAAUUAAGAGAAUAACCCCAAGAAUAUAUUUUAGAGAACACAAGAAAUAUUGACUGAUUUGUUUAUUCUUUAAUUACCAUUGAAUUAGAUUUUAUAUUAAAAAAAAGAAGAAACAAUAACAUUUUGAAAUUUAAAGUGAUCGAAAUCAGUCUUAUUGCUACACACAAAGCUUUCUCAAACUUUUUUUUAAAUUUUUUUUCACUGAAAGAAGGAUUUUACGUGUAUUUUAUUUUUACAAAUUAGUCUUAACGGAUUGAAAGAAUUUAUUUCCCUAUAAUUGUGAUAGUGUGAGAAAAAAAAUUGAUUGGAAAAAUUUGAGAUAAAAAGAAAAGUUGAACUUGUGGUUAAAACUUUCUUAAAACUAAUUCAAAAAUUUAUUUUCUUCAUUCACAUCGCACCAAGUAUCAGAAAGAAAAAAAAAGAAAAUGUAAAACUUAGAAACAAUUCUGAAAGAGUCUUCACUAACAUUUAUGUACUAAAUGUAAGAGAAAGAAAAAUAAUAAAAUAUAUUUACUGUUAAUUUAUUUAUCCAAAAA